GGGCCCCGAAGCCAGAGAAGAGACGCGGCCGGCUGCAAGAGGCCUUGGCGGCUCCCUCGCCCCACGAGGCCCGCUCUCGCCUCCGGUCGGGGCCGCUGCAGCAGCACUCCGCCCCUCCCCAAGUGCGCGGGGCUGCUCCCAGGGCGCGCCAAGGGAUUCCGGAGCAGCCGGAAGGCCGCGCUCGGCCCCCGACUCCUCCUCCUCCUCCUCGCGAGCCACGCGGGGCCCCGAGAGCUGCGAUCCUCUCCCGCCCGGGCCAGGGCUGGUGCAAGCGGCGCGAGUUUAAUGUCCACAUGUGAGAUGAGAGACAGAUAAAUACGGCGUGAAGGCCUCCUUGCAGCAGGAAGCGGCUCGUGCAGAGGAGCUCUUUGGAGACCAAGGAGGCGAAGCCAUUAUCUUUUUUAAAACAAACAAACUUUGGGUUACCCCUUCACAAGGUCUUAUUCAGAAAUGGCCAGUUUAGCCAACAAAGACUCUUAUUUACAGCACCUUGCUAAGAAAAUUUGCACCCAAGAAGUGCAGGAGCCAUGGAAAAGAAAAUUCGGAACUGGGCCAGGGGUGGACGAUGCUCAGCCGAAGAAGAAGAAGAAGAAGAAGAGAAAGAAGCCAAAGACACCUGCCCAGGGUGUGGGAGGUGCCCCUCCAGGCAAGCCAGCAGUCACGGGUGCCUGCAAAGCAGAGGCUAAGCCAACAACCGCGAAGACGAAGCGCUCGGGUCCUGGGGUCCACAUUGCAUCCAGUGCCAGCAAGUUGGCUGCUGCUGGGGAGAAAGGGAGUGGAGGCCAGAAUGGCAUUACAGGUAGCCAGAGCAAGCCCCAUUCCUUUUCCGCCAUGACUCUUUUGCGUCAGAGGCUGCAUGAGAAAAUACAAGAAGUCUCUGGUCAGGGAAGGCCCAAAGAGCUGUCGCCAACUGCCCUGAAGAAGCAGCAACGAAGGAAAUACGAGAAGGAGAGAAAGAAACGCCGGAGGAAAGAAUUAAGGAUGAAGAAAAAAGCUGAGAAGAAGGAAGCAGGAGAGGUGUCAACAGAAGCCACUGUGGAGCACACGGCCCCCAAGAACGAUGACAAGUCCAGCAUAGCCUUCAACAAGGUAGAAGUGCAUGUCGAGCAGCCGAGCAAAGCAGAGAAGAGGAAAGAGAAGAGGAAGGCUUUGAAAGGCAACCUCACCCCUCUGACAGGGAAGAAUUACAAGCAGCUAUUGAGUCGGCUGGAGAUUCGGAAGAACAAGCUGGAAGACCUGAAGGACAAGGAUGAGAAGAAGGCCCGACAGCUGGAGACCAAGAUGAGAUGGACCAAUGUCCUCUACAAGGCCGAAGGCGUCAAGAUUCACGAUGACGAGAACCGGCUGAAAAAGGCCCUCAAGCGGAAAGAGCAGCGCAAGGCCCAGCGCCAGAAGCAGUGGGGAAAGCGGACUGAGCAAGUGGUGGAGAAGAUGCAGCAACGCCAGGAGAAGCGCCGCAAGAACAUUCAGAAGAAGAAGGUGGCCAAAAUCGAGCGGAAGAAAAGCAAGGCCCGCAAGAAGGGCCGUAUCUUGCCUGAGGAUCUGGCGAAAGCUAGCUCCAAAUGAGCCAGACUUAGCAGAUGGUUUCACCUGAUUCAAAUGAGCUGGACUUAACAGAUGUUUUCACCUGUUCCAAAGUGGAUUAUUGUGGGACUUGUUAAUAAAACUACUGUCUGUAA